CUGUUGUGUUUCUUUGAAGGAACAAUGAAUUUGAAGCCUUUGCUGCGGAAGUUGGGCACAAUACUCCGAGCCAUCCUCACCUUUCUCUUUGCACUGGUGGUUCUGGGUGUCAUGGUGUGGGCCUACGUCGAUGGUUUCCAGCUGGCAACAUCCCCAUUUGGAAUCAUUUCAUUUGGCUUUUAUGGACUCCUCCUCUCGCUGCAUUUGCUGGUCCAGAGCCUCUUUGCCUUUAUUGAGCACCGGCGAAUGAAAACCCACACAGAACAGUGCAGCUAUACCAAGACAAUCGCCCUCACCAUUUCCGCUUACCAGGAGGAUCCUACCUAUCUCAGAGAGUGCCUCAACUCUGUUAAGGCCCUCAGGUACCCCCCUGAGUUGCUGCGCAUCAUCAUGGUGAUAGAUGGCAACACAUUUGAGGACCGAUAUAUGAUGGACAUGUUCAGGGAAGUGUUUGCAGACCAGGAUCCUGGUUUUUAUGAAUGGAGGAACAACUACCAUACUUGGGAUCCCACCAAAGAACAAGAGGAUGUUGAGAUGAACGCAGCAGCUGUCCAAGGGGAGGGUAACGAUUAUGUUUUGGAAGAGGAUCCUCAGCGAAAAGAGGUAGAGCACCUGAUCCAGACCAAGAGGUGUGUGUGCAUCAUGCAGAAGUGGGGAGGCAAGCGGGAGGUCAUGUACACGGCAUUCAGAGCACUCGGGUCUUCAGUCGACUAUAUACAGGUGUGUGACUCAGACACAAAAUUGGAUCCUUUAGCCACUGUGGAGCUGUGCAAAGUGUUGGAGGCUAACCAAAACUAUGGUGCUGUUGGAGGAGACGUAAUGAUCCUGAAUCUAAAAGACUCUUACAUCAGCUUCAUGAGCAGCCUUAGAUACUGGAUGGCUUUCAACAUUGAGAGGUCCUGUCAGUCCUUCUUCAACUGUGUGUCCUGCAUUAGUGGUCCUCUGGGUCUGUACAGGAAUGACAUCCUUCAGCAGUUUCUUGAGUCUUGGUAUAAUCAGACGUUUUUGGGAACUCACUGCACAUUUGGUGACGACAGGCACCUGACCAACCGCAUGCUGAGCAUGGGCUACGCCACAAAAUAUACGGCACGCUCCAAAUGCUACACAGAGACACCAGCUCAGUUUCUUCGCUGGCUCAACCAGCAGACCAGGUGGACGAAAUCUUACUUCCGCGAGUGGCUCUACAAUGCAAUGUGGUGGCACAAGCACCACCUGUGGAUGACCUAUGAGUCCAUAGUUUCAGGCAUUUUCCCGUUCUUUGUCACUGCCACCAUCAUCCAGCUGUUUUGGGUGGGCACACUGUGGGACAUCCUCUGGGUCCUGUGCUGCAUCCAGAUCAUUGGGCUGGUAAAAGCCGCUUACGCCUGCCUCCUCCGUCAAGACAUAGUAAUGCUGUUUAUGUCACUCUACUCGGUUCUGUAUAUGACCAGUCUGUUGCCUGCAAAGUACUUUGCCAUUAUAACAAUGAACAAAAGCAGCUGGGGGACGUCAGGCAGACGCAAGAUUGUAGGAAACUAUAUGCCUCUCCUACCCCUGUCAGUGUGGGCUGCUAUUUUAUUAGGUGGGCUUUGUUACACCAUAUAUGAGGAGUCUUUACUUGACUGGUCAGCUGAAGGAAAAAAACUGGAGGCCGAAUUUCUUGUAUUUGGCUGUGUGGCGUACGUGUGUUACUGGAUGUUUAUGAUGCUCCUUUACUGGGGAUGGUUCCGCAGGUUAUUCAGAAAACGCUCCCGAACAUACAGAGUAAAUGUCUAGUCAAGAGGUUGUUUGAAUUUACCCUAAUUCAGUCCAGUCUAUUUAUUUUGUCUAAAAGUUCAAGUUUACUCAUAAAGUUUUGUAAAUAUUGAUUAUAAAUACUUUUGCGUUAAGAGAUUAAACUGUACUGAGGCCCGUGGAGUCAUUCAAGAUCUCAGGUUUCUCGUUUAGUUUAAAAGUAGUGUGUGUAUUUUAAAACACUUCUGUUCAUGUGUGUGAAUACCAUGUAUACGUCAAUGAAUUUCUUUCACAGAACAAAGAAGUCCAGCCACUGUGUAGAUUUACCUUAUUUCAACUUCGCAGUUUUUGCACUGGAGGCAGGAUCACAUUUCUGCCGACCUACUUGAAAACAAUGAAAACCAUAGUUAGAGCAUGUAACAACAAGCAUAAAAAUCAUUCUUUACAUUUGUGACCAACACAUGGAGUUACAUGAAAACACGAAGAUAGUUUGAUCAAAAUUGUCUUAUUGUUACUGUAUAUUUUGUUUUUUAUUUAAUCUUAUAUAAGAAUGCACUUUGUUUAAUGUUGUGUCAGAAAAAAAUGGACAAAAGGAUUUUUUAAAUAAAUGUCUGCAAAGUAAUGUAUCUUUUGAAAGAGGUGAAAAGUUUCUGAAAAUGUGAAUAUAUUAUAGAG